AUGAUGAAAUGAAAGCUAUGGAUGUUUUGCCAAUUUUAAAGGAAAAAGUUGCAUACCUUUCAGGUGGCAGAGAUAAACGUGGAGGUCCCAUUCUCACAUUUCCGGCCCGCAGCAAUCACGAUAGAAUACGACAGGAGGACCUCAGGAGACUCAUUUCCUAUCUAGCCUGUAUCCCUAGUGAAGAGGUCUGCAAGCGAGGAUUCACAGUGAUCGUGGACAUGCGUGGGUCCAAAUGGGACUCCAUUAAGCCUCUGCUGAAGAUAUUGCAAGAGUCCUUUCCCUGCUGCAUUCAUGUUGCACUGAUAAUCAAGCCAGACAACUUUUGGCAGAAACAGAGGACUAAUUUUGGCAGUUCUAAAUUUGAAUUUGAGACAAAUAUGGUCUCUUUAGAAGGCCUUACCAAAGUAGUUGAUCCUUCUCAGCUAACUCCCGAGUUUGAUGGCUGCUUGGAAUACAACCACGAAGAAUGGAUUGAAAUCAGAGUUGCUUUUGAAGACUACAUUAGCAAUGCAACCCACAUGCUCUCUCGGCUGGAGGAACUUCAGGACAUCCUAGCCAAGAAAGAAUUGCCUCAGGAUUUAGAGGGGGCUCGGAACAUGAUCGAGGAGCAUUCCCAGCUGAAGAAGAAAGUGAUUAAGGCCCCCAUAGAAGACUUGGAUUUGGAGGGACAGAAGCUGCUCCAGAGGAUUCAGAGCAGUGACAGCUUUCCCAAAAAGAACUCCGGCUCAGGCAAUGCGGACCUGCAGGGCCUCCUUCCCAAGGUGUCCGCCAUGUUGGACAGGCUGCACUCCACACGGCAGCACCUGCACCAGAUGUGGCAUGUACGAAAAUUGAAACUGGACCAGUGCUUUCAGCUGAGGCUGUUCGAGCAGGACGCUGAGAAGAUGUUUGACUGGAUCACACACAACAAGGGCCUGUUUCUGAACAGCUACACUGAGAUUGGGACCAGCCAUCCUCAUGCGAUGGAGCUCCAGACACAGCACAACCACUUUGCCAUGAACUGUAUGAACGUGUAUGUAAAUAUAAACCGCAUAAUGUCGGUGGCAAAUCGCUUGGUAGAGUCUGGCCACUACGCCUCUCAGCAGAUUAAGCAGAUUGCGAAUCAGCUGGAGCAGGAGUGGAAGGCAUUUGCGGCAGCCCUGGAUGAGCGGAGUACCUUGCUGGACAUGUCCUCCAUUUUCCACCAGAAGGCUGAAAAGUAUAUGAGCAACGUGGACGCGUGGUGUAAAGCCUGUGGCGAGGUGGACCUUCCCUCCGAACUGCAGGAUCUGGAGGACGCCAUUCAUCACCAUCAGGGAGUAUAUGAGCACAUCACUCUCGCCUAUUCUGAGGUGAGCCAGGAUGGGAAGUCGCUCCUUGACAAGCUCCAGCGGCCUUUGACUCCCGGCAGCUCUGAUUCCCUGACGGCCUCCGCCAACUACUCCAAGGCCGUGCACCACGUCCUUGAUGUCAUCCACGAGGUGCUGCACCACCAGCGGCAGCUGGAAAACAUCUGGCAGCAUCGCAAGGUCCGGCUCCACCAGCGGCUGCAGCUCUGUGUGUUCCAGCAAGACGUGCAGCAGGUGCUGGACUGGAUUGAGAACCAUGGAGAAGCAUUUCUGAGCAAACAUACGGGUGUGGGGAAAUCUCUUCAUCGGGCCAGAGCUUUGCAGAAACGUCAUGAAGAUUUCGAAGAAGUAGCACAGAACACAUAUACCAACGCGGAUAAGUUACUAGAGGCAGCAGAACAGCUGGCUCAGACUGGGGAAUGUGACCCGGAAGAGAUUUAUCAGGCUGCCCAUCAGCUUGAAGACCGGAUACAAGAUUUUGUUCGGCGCGUGGAGCAGCGCAAGAUCCUGCUGGACAUGUCCGUGUCCUUUCAUAGCCACGUCAAGGAGCUGUGGACAUGGCUGGAGGAGCUACAGAAGGAGCUGCUGGAUGACGUGUACGCCGAGUCGGUGGAGGCCGUGCAAGACCUCAUCAAGCGCUUUGGCCAGCAGCAGCAGACGACCCUGCAAGUGACCGUCAACGUGAUCAAGGAAGGCGAGGACCUCAUCCAGCAGCUGAGGGACUCGGCCAUCUCCAGCAACAAGACCCCCCACAACAGCUCCAUCAGCCACAUCGAGACGGUGCUGCAGCAGCUGGACGAGGCCCAGGCCCAGAUGGAGGAGCUCUUCCAGGAGCGCAAGAUCAAGCUGGAGCUCUUCCUGCAGCUGCGCAUAUUCGAGCGGGACGCCAUCGAUAUCAUCUCAGACCUUGAGUCUUGGAACGAUGAGCUUUCUCAGCAAAUGAACGAUUUUGACACGGACGAUCUCACGAUAGCAGAACAACGCCUCCAGCACCAUGCAGACAAAGCUCUGACCAUGAACAACUUGACCUUCGAUGUCAUCCACCAAGGGCAGGACCUUUUGCAGUACGUCAAUGAAGUGCAGGCUUCGGGUGUGGAGCUGCUUUGCGAUAGAGAUGUUGACAUGGCAACUCGGGUCCAGGACCUGUUGGAGUUCCUUCAUGAAAAGCAGCAGGAGCUGGAUUUAGCAGCGGAACAGCAUCGGAAGCACCUGGAACAAUGUGUGCAGCUUCGCCACCUGCAGGCUGAAGUGAAACAGGUGCUGGGCUGGAUCCGUAAUGGAGAGUCGAUGCUGAAUGCCGGGCUCAUCACGGCCAGCUCGUUACAAGAGGCCGAGCAGCUGCAGAGGGAGCAUGAGCAGUUCCAGCACGCCAUCGAGAAAACACAUCAGAGCGCCCUGCAGGUGCAGCAGAAGGCAGAAGCCAUGCUGCAGGCCAAUCACUACGAUAUGGACAUGAUCCGGGACUGCGCCGAGAAAGUGGCCUCUCACUGGCAGCAGCUCAUGCUCAAGAUGGAAGACCGCCUCAAGCUCGUGAACGCGUCUGUCGCCUUCUACAAAACCUCAGAGCAGGUCUGCAGUGUGCUCGAGAGCUUGGAGCAGGAGUACAAGAGAGAAGAGGACUGGUGUGGAGGCGCUGACAAGCUGGGCCCCAACUCAGAGACGGACCACGUCACGCCAAUGAUUAGCAAGCACCUGGAGCAAAAGGAAGCAUUCCUGAAGGCUUGCACGCUUGCUAGAAGGAAUGCAGAUGUCUUCCUGAAGUACCUGCAUAGGAACAGUGUGAACAUGCCUGGAAUGGUGACACAUAUCAAAGCCCCUGAACAACAAGUAAAAAAUAUCUUGAAUGAACUCUUCCAGCGGGAGAACAGGGUAUUGCAUUACUGGACCAUGAGAAAGAGACGGCUAGACCAGUGCCAGCAGUACGUGGUCUUUGAACGAAGUGCCAAGCAGGCUCUAGAAUGGAUCCAUGACAGUGGGGAGUUCUACCUUUCCACACAUACCUCCACGGGCUCGAGCAUACAGCACACCCAAGAGCUCCUGAAAGAGCACGAGGAGUUUCAGAUCACCGCAAAGCAAACCAAAGAGAGAGUGAAGCUAUUGAUCCAGCUGGCUGAUGGCUUUUGUGAAAAAGGGCAUGCCCAUGCAGCAGAGAUAAAAAAAUGUGUGACUGCAGUGGAUAAGAGGUACAGAGAUUUCUCUCUGCGGAUGGAGAAGUACAGGACCUCUUUGGAGAAAGCCCUGGGGAUUUCUUCAGAUUCCAACAAAUCGAGCAAAAGUCUUCAGCUAGACAUAAUCCCCGCCAGUGUCCCUGGGUCAGAGGUGAAGCUUCGUGAUGCUGCCCAUGAACUUAACGAAGAGAAACGGAAGUCGGCCCGCAGAAAAGAGUUCAUCAUGGCUGAGCUAAUUCAAACUGAAAAGGCUUACGUAAGAGACCUCCGCGAGUGUAUGGAUACGUACCUGUGGGAAAUGACCAGCGGGGUGGAGGAGAUCCCGGCCGGCAUCGUAAACAGAGAGCUUGUUAUCUUCGGGAACAUGCAGGAAAUCUAUGAAUUUCAUAAUAACAUAUUCCUUAAAGAGCUGGAAAAAUAUGAGCAGUUGCCAGAGGACGUUGGACAUUGCUUUGUUACUUGGGCAGACAAGUUUCAGAUGUAUGUCACCUAUUGCAAAAAUAAGCCUGAUUCUACUCAGCUGAUAUUAGAGCAUGCGGGAUCCUACUUUGAUGAAAUACAGCAGCGGCAUGGAUUAGCCAAUUCCAUCUCUUCUUACCUUAUUAAGCCAGUUCAGCGAAUAACAAAGUAUCAGCUUCUUUUAAAAGAGCUACUCACUUGCUGUGAGGAAGGAAAAGGGGAGAUAAAAGAUGGCCUCGAGGUGAUGCUCAGUGUGCCAAAGCGAGCCAACGACGCCAUGCACCUCAGCAUGCUGGAAGGAUUUGAUGAAAAUAUUGAGUCUCAGGGAGAACUCAUCCUGCAGGAAUCCUUCCAAGUGUGGGACCCAAAAACCUUAAUUCGAAAGGGUCGAGAACGGCAUCUCUUCCUUUUUGAAAUGUCCUUAGUAUUUAGUAAAGAAGUGAAAGAUUCCAGUGGCAGAAGCAAGUACCUUUAUAAAAGCAAAUUGUUUACCUCAGAGUUGGGUGUCACAGAACACGUUGAAGGAGAUCCUUGCAAAUUUGCACUGUGGGUGGGGAGAACACCAACCUCCGAUAAUAAAAUUGUCCUUAAGGCUUCCAGCAUAGAAAACAAGCAGGACUGGAUAAAGCACAUCCGCGAAGUAAUACAGGAAAGGACUGUUCACCUGAAGGGAGCCCUGAAGGAGCCCAUUCACAUCCCCAAAACGGCGCCGGCCACGAGGCAGAAGGGAAGGAGGGAUGGAGAGGACCUGGACAGCCAGGGCGACGGGAGCAGCCAGCCGGACACAAUUUCCAUCGCCUCACGGACGUCUCAGAACACACUGGACAGUGACAAGUGCAUGAUCUCUAAACUUCGGUGUGUAGCUCAGAACUCCCUGAGGACCACUUCUGCAGAUACAGCCCCUCCACCUGAGCUGUACAGAGGCUCUCCCGCCGGCAGCUCCCAGCCUGACGUUCCCGGGAUUCCUAGCCAUCUGGAACUCUCUGGUGGCUGCGAGCUGACAGUGGUGAUCCACGACUUCACCGCCUGCAACAGCACAGAGCUGACCAUCCGCCGUGGCCAGACCGUGGAGGUUUUGGAGCGGCCCCACGACAAGCCUGACUGGUGUCUGGUGCGGACCACCGACCGGUCCCCCGCUGCAGAAGGCCUGGUUCCCUGCGGCUCUCUGUGCAUCGCCCACUCGAGAAGUAGCAUGGAAAUGGAGGGCAUCUUCAACCACAAAGACUCACUAUCCGUCUCCAGUAACGACGCCAGCCCGCCGGCCUCGGUGGCUUCUCUGCAGCCCCACAUGAUGGGGGCCCAGAGCUCCCCGGGGCCCAAGCGGCCCGGAAACACGCUGCGCAAGUGGCUCACAAGCCCGGUGCGGCGGCUGAGCAGCGGGAAGGCCGACGGGCACGUGAAGAAGCUGGCGCACAAGCACAAGAAGAGCAGGGAGGUCCGCAAGAGCGCCGACGCCGGCUCGCAGAAGGACUCGGACGACAGCGCGGCCACCCCGCAGGACGAGACCGUCGAAGAGAGAGGCCGGAACGAGGGCCUGAGCAGUGGCACGCUCUCGAAGUCCUCAUCGUCGGGCAUGCAGAGCUGCGGGGAGGAAGAAGGGGAGGAGGGGGCCGAUGCCGUGCCUCUGCCCCCGCCCAUGGCCAUCCAGCAACACAGCCUGCUCCAGCCAGAUUCACAGGACGACAAGGCCUCGUCUCGGCUAUUAGUCCGCCCCACCAGCUCCGAAACUCCGAGCGCAGCCGAGCUUGUGAGUGCAAUUGAAGAACUCGUGAAAAGCAAGAUGGCACUGGAGGACCGCCCCAGCUCGCUCCUUGUUGACCAGGGAGACAGUAGCAGCCCCUCCUUCAACCCUUCGGACAACUCCCUCCUGUCCUCCUCGUCACCCAUUGAUGAGAUGGAAGAGAGGAAGUCCAGCUCUCUAAAGAGACGGCACUAUGUUUUGCAAGAACUAGUGGAGACAGAGCGUGACUACGUGCGGGACCUUGGCUGUGUGGUUGAGGGCUACAUGGCUCUUAUGAAAGAAGAUGGUGUUCCCGACGACAUGAAAGGAAAGGACAAGAUUGUAUUUGGCAACAUCCAUCAGAUUUAUGACUGGCACAGAGACUUUUUUUUAGGAGAGUUGGAGAAGUGCCUUGAAGAUCCGGAAAAACUAGGAUCCCUUUUUGUUAAACAUGAGAGAAGGUUGCACAUGUAUAUAGUUUAUUGUCAAAAUAAACCAAAGUCUGAGCACAUUGUCUCAGAAUACAUUGAUACCUUUUUUGAGGACUUAAAGCAGCGUCUGGGCCACAGGCUGCAGCUCACAGAUCUGUUAAUCAAACCAGUGCAGAGGAUCAUGAAGUACCAGCUGCUCCUGAAGGACUUCCUCAAGUAUUCCAAAAAAGCUAGCCUGGAUACGUCAGAAUUAGAGAGAGCCGUGGAAGUCAUGUGCAUAGUCCCCAAGCGCUGCAACGACAUGAUGAAUGUGGGGCGGCUGCAAGGAUUUGAUGGUAAAAUUGUUGCCCAGGGCAAGCUGCUCUUGCAGGACACAUUCUUGGUCACAGACCAAGACUCGGGACUUCUGCCUCGCUGUAAAGAGAGGCGGGUUUUCCUUUUUGAGCAGAUCGUCAUUUUCAGUGAACCACUUGAUAAAAAAAAGGGCUUCUCGAUGCCAGGAUUCCUGUUUAAGAACAGCAUCAAGGUGAGUUGCCUUUGCCUGGAGGAAAAUGUGGAAAAUGAUCCGUGUAAAUUUGCUCUGACAUCGAGGACGGGGGGUGUAGUGGAGACCUUCAUUUUGCAUUCAUCCAGUCCAAGUGUCCGGCAAACAUGGAUCCAUGAAAUCAACCAAAUUUUAGAAAACCAGCGCAAUUUUUUAAAUGCCUUGACAUCACCCAUCGAGUAUCAGAGGAACCACAGCGGGGGCGGCGGCGGCGGCGGCGGGGGCAGCGGCGGGGGCGGCGCGCCCAGCAGCGGAGGCGGCAACCCCAGCGGCGGCCCCGGCAGCUGUAGCGGCCUCCCCAGCUCGAGCAGAAGCAGACCCUCCCGGAUCCCGCAGCCUGUCAGACACCACUCCCCCGUGCUGGUCUCCUCUGCAGCCUCGAGCCAGGCAGAGGCAGACAAGAUGUCAGGUAUGUCCGCUCCCGGCCCUGCACCGCCCCUUCCCGGCAGCAGCCCCGCCCCGGAGGCCGGCCCCGGCCAGCCUGGCAGGCGCGCCCCGGGAGAGCCCGAAGGCCCCGAGCAAGACGCGGAGCGCAUCCCCAAGAUGAAGGUCAUUGAGAGCCCCAGGAAGUCCUCGGGGAGUACCGCAGCAGGCGCCGGCCGCGAUGCGGACGCCAAGGAGGCGCGGGCCAACCCGGAGGACAGCCGCUCGCGGAGCAGCCUGGGCUCUCUGCCCCUGGGAAAGCCCAGGCCCGGGGCCGUCUCGCCUCUGAACUCUCCUGUGGCCAGCGCGUUCCCUUCUCCAAUCGGCAAGGAGCCCUUUCCCCCCAGCAGCCCCCUGCAGAAGGGGGGCUCCUUCUGGAGCUCCAUCCCUGCCUCCCCCGCCAGCCGGCCGGGCUCCUUCACCUUCCCGGGGGACAGUGACUCCCUCCAGCGGCAGGCGCAGCGCCACGCGGCCCCCGGCAAGGACACGGACCGCAUGAGCACGUGCUCCUCGGCCAGCGAGCAGUCCGUGCAGUCCACCCAGAGCAACGGGAGUGAAAGUAGCAGCAGUAGCAACAUCUCCACCAUGUUGGUGACACACGAUUACACGGCAGUGAAGGAGGAUGAGAUAAACGUCUAUCAAGGAGAGGUCGUUCAGAUUCUGGCCAGCAAUCAACAGAACAUGUUUCUGGUGUUCCGAGCCGCCACUGACCAGUGCCCCGCAGCCGAGGGCUGGAUUCCAGGCUUCGUCCUGGGGCAUACCAGUGCAGUCAUCAUGGAGAACCCCGAUGGGACUCUCAAGAAGUCAACAUCUUGGCACACAGCACUCCGUUUAAGGAAAAAAUCUGAGAAAAAAGAUAAAGACGGCAAGCGGGAAGGCAAGUUAGAGAACGGUUAUCGGAAGUCGCGGGAGGGGCUCAGCAACAAGGUAUCUGUGAAGCUUCUCAAUCCCAACUACAUAUAUGACGUUCCCCCAGAAUUCGUCAUUCCCUUGAGUGAGGUCACGUGUGAGACAGGGGAGACCGUUGUUCUUAGAUGUCGAGUUUGUGGCCGCCCCAAGGCCUCGAUCACCUGGAAGGGCCCUGAACACAACACCUUGAACAACGACGGUCACUACAGCAUCUCCUACAGUGACUUGGGAGAGGCCACUCUGAAGAUCGUCGGUGUGACCACAGAAGAUGACGGCAUCUACACGUGCAUCGCUGUGAACGACAUGGGUUCGGCCUCGUCUUCAGCCAGUCUGAGGGUGCUGGGUCCAGGGAGUGAUGGGAUCAUGGUGACCUGGAAAGACAACUUUGACUCCUUCUACAGCGAAGUGGCUGAACUUGGCAGGGGCAGAUUCUCUGUCGUUAAGAAAUGUGAUCAGAAAGGAACCAAACGAGCAGUGGCCACUAAGUUUGUGAACAAGAAGUUGAUGAAGCGUGACCAGGUCACCCGUGAGCUUGGAAUCCUGCAGAACCUCCAGCACCCGCUGCUUGUUGGCCUCCUUGAUACCUUCGAGACCCCCACCAGCUAUGUCCUGGUGUUAGAAAUGGCUGACCAGGGGCGUCUCCUGGACUGUGUGGUGCGAUGGGGAAACCUCACCGAAGGGAAGAUCAGGGCGUAUCUGGGGGAGGUUCUGGAAGCCGUCCGAUACCUUCACAACUGCAGGAUAGCACACCUGGACCUAAAGCCUGAAAACAUUCUGGUGGAUCAGAGUUUGGCCAAGCCAACAAUUAAACUGGCUGAUUUUGGAGAUGCUGUCCAACUCAACACGACCUACUACAUCCACCAGUUACUGGGGAACCCCGAGUUUGCAGCCCCUGAAAUCAUCCUUGGGAACCCCAUCUCCCUGACCUCGGAUACAUGGAGUGUCGGAGUGCUCACAUAUGUGCUUCUCAGCGGCGUGUCCCCCUUCCUCGACGACAGCGUGGAGGAGACCUGCCUGAACAUUUGCCGACUAGACUUUAGUUUCCCAGAGGACUGCUUUAAAGGAGUGAGCCAGAAGGCCAAGGAGUUCGUGUGUUUCCUCCUGCAAGAGGACCCUGCCAAGCGUCCCUCGGCUGCGCUAGCCCUCCAGGAGCAGUGGCUGCAGGCGGGCCACAGCAGUGGCAAAGGGGCGGGCGUCCUCGACACGUCCAGACUGACUUCCUUCAUUGAGCGGCGCAAACACCAGAACGAUGUUCGACCUAUCCGUAGCGUUCAAAACUUCUUACAGAGCAGGCUUUUGCCUAGAGUUUGACCUAUCUUGAAGUUCUUUCUCAUUCUCUUUCACCUGCCAAUCAGCUGUUAAUUUGAAUUUUGAAGAGAAACACACACCAACAGAACUGAUCAGCUGCCGUUUGUUCAUCGUGUGACAUGGGGCUCCGAGUGAGCUGAGCUCGGCAGUGCCUGGGACUCGGGAGCACGCUGUGCUGGGGUGGAGGACCUUCUCGUACACUCUUCGUGAGCGGACACAGCAUUGCUGUAUCACAGUCUUUUAUUCAGGUUUCUGCAAAAAAUAAAAAGAAACUUUUUUAAAUGAACAUGAAUAGAAUUUUGCAAAUUUAACAUUUUCCAAGAUUUAUUCAAGGAAACGAAAUGCCUAUGUUCAACCACUGGUGUUCACGAACAAAACAGAGAUACUGGACCCCUCUGGGGAGGACUCACCCUCGUGGUGGCCAUCCCCGCGGCCUCGUCCAGAGCUCAGGGUCCACCUGGCUCUGAGCUUUUCCAGCUGCCGGGUCUGCGUGCGUCUCGCGGGGACGCCAGACUGGGCUCCUGACACGUGCAUUCAACCUCAGACUUUUGCAUAAAAAUAGAAUGAAUCGUUCUGCUCUGAUGAAAUGUAGGCCUUACUUGUACAUAAGACUGGUCCUGCCUUCGGUCUGUCCUUUCCCCUCCUGCUCCCCGCCCGCUGCCCAGGGCUUCCUCUGGGGGAGGUCAGAGGGCUCUGCCAUCCACCGAGGACAUCAAGUUGGGUCCCACCCCGAGCCCUAGGGGUGGCCUCCCCGUGUUCCCCACCCCACCCCCCCAGCCGUCAAUCAGAUUGUUGAGCAGUAUACAGUCAGAUGAAAAUACUGUAAAUGCACUCAUUGGGGUUUUUUUGGUUUUAUUUCAUAUCAUGUGCAAUGUUGUGGCUUUAACAUUUUAUGCAACUAUUUAUGAAGACCUCUGUUGUACCUGUAAUAAAUAUAUAGAAAAAGCACAUACUUCGUACAGUGAGCUUUAUGGUUUUGUGUGUGUGUCGGGGGUGGGGGGGGGAGGGGGUUGUAGCCCUGUGCCAUCAGUUCAAGGACAUUGAACUCUUCGUGGAAUUUGUCAGUUUUGAGGACUGUAAAAAGUGAUUUCAUACUCUGAAUAUAAAACUGGAUAAUAGGGUAAUGUUUUAAAAUUUAUUAUGCUAUUAUUCAGAAUGCCAAAGUAUUAUUUUUUUUCCCAAAAUCAGUCUGGACAUUUACUACUUUUUAGACUUUUUGACGUUCAACUUUCUGUACAAAAAUUGGCUGGAUUUUGAGCUUUUGGUAAGAAAUAAAAGCCCAUGAAGCACUAGCCGCCUUGAGGCUGUCACCCGACGUCUGUGUCACUGUGGCAGAGUUCACGCCGGCGUGGGGAGGCCUGGGAACACGCCGCGGGGUUUCUGGGCAUGCUUGAGUUUUUCACGAUGUCUUUUUACCUUCAUUGUGUGAAAUACACUAACAGAGAGACCAGCCUGCAUCCCCAGCCAGCCAGACACCUGGGUCUUGAGCCAUAAACUGGCGUAGUUAAGCUUUUCCGCUUCCAGUGUAUUUUAUUUAUUCUUUUGUUGGGUUUUUCUUUCUUGUAAAAUUGUACAGAAACUUUUUAAAAGAAAUUGGAUUCAAAACUGGAUGUGUAUUCGUAACCUCACAACGUUCAUUUGUGUAUUGUUUCUUUUAUUAUUUCAGUUAAAUUUUUACAUUAUUUUGCAUGUAUAUUUCUUUGUACAGAGACCUUACAUGUUUACACAGUAUGAUGUGAUGUAAAUAUUUUAUUUUGCCAUCAGUUAUUUUAAAAAAUUAAACAUAUUUGCCUGA